UGUUCAUGUCAUCUUGCGUCAUUUUCCCGCUCUUCUGUGAAAAAAAAAACAUGCAGGGGGGCAGUGAUUGCAAAAGGCUAGAGGUCUAGAAACGAGCUCUUCGCGGCGCUAUGAAGACUUUAUUAGAUUAGAAAGCUUUAGGAAAUCCUUAAGGGAUAUGCAAACAGAUGCUGCAUACGUCUAUCUGUGCUUUUUGAUCACACAGGUCAUGUUUGGGGAUGCAAAUGAAAUUAAAUCAGUGUUAGUGACUGAGGGAGAUUCUGUGCCACUAUACACUGAUGUUACUGAAGUGCAGGAAGGUGAUCAGAUAGUGUGGACAUUUGGACCUCAAAACAUUCGAAUAGCUGAAAUCAUGAAAAGGGAACAAAUGGGUUUUAACAUAAAUUUUGUCUUUAAUGAUGGAAUAUUCAAAGACAAACUACAAAUGGACAAACACACUGGAUCUCUGACCAUCAGAAACAUAAGAACUGAACACACUGGACCUUAUAAACUGACUGUGAUCAGUUGGUCAAUGGAUACCUCACUGAAAAGAUUUAAUGUUACAGUCUUUGCUCUACUACCUGUUCCUUUCAUCAACAAUAACAGUUCAAACUGUUCUUCAAAAUCAUCAAGAUCGCAUUUUUCCAGAUGUUCAGUGUUGUGUUCAGUGGUGAAUGUGAGUGCUGUGAGUCUCUCCUGGUACAAAGGAAACAGUGUAACGUCCAGCAUCAGUGUUUCUGAUCUCAGCAUCAGUCUCUCUCUACCUCUGGAGGUGGAAUAUCAGGAUAAAAACGCUUACAGCUGUGUGAUCAACAACACCUUCACAAACCACACCACACAUCUGGACAUCAUUGAUCUCUGUCACACAUGUGCAGAACUGGAGGCAAAUCACUAUCUUAUACCACUAAUAGUUUUGGUCGUGGUGCUGUUCAUAAUUGCAGUUUUGGGAUUAACGGUCUGGUGCUACAGCAAGUGCAAACAAGGACGAUGUGCUGAAGCUGAGGUCGAAAUUCAGUAUACUACAGCUACAUUCUGUGCAGAUAAUUUGCGGUACCAUACGGAGGCUGAAGCAGAAGGUGGUACAGUCUAUUCGAGCAUCGCAACAAACUAAGGAUCACAGUGUUCAAUGUUUUUAAUGAUACAAACACUCAAGACAUAACAGUCACCUUGCAUAUUCACAUUUCAUUUUUAUAAAGUAACAUGCAGUUCAUGGACAGUCCAUUUCAGCAAUCGUUCCUUUUGUAGUAUUGUUGGUAAUAAUUCAUGCUGGACAAGGAAACAUUUUUGAAAUAGGUGUAGCGAAAGCCGAUAACUGAUCACUGAUGUUUAUUUCAAUACCAAUGUUUUAUUCAUCAAACAUCAGUGGAAACUCUUGUAUUCAGUACUAACAGGACAUAAAGCCAUGUUAAAUCCCUUUAGACUUUCCAUUCAUCUCAACAGUCUUGAGCGAAAUCCAAAACCGUUUCAUAACACCACAAGAAAAAUAAUAUUUUCUAGACUAGACGUGUCGAGGUCAUGUUACGUCUACUUUUAACUGGAAAUCUGCAUUUUCCUGUGUUGUAACAUAUUUAAGCACUGAUUAUUUUCCAAGUAUUGUGCGGAGUAUUGUGUGGGAGUAUUACUUCCUAAGUAUUGUGCUCAAACGAAACCAUCCCACUGAAUAAACAUGUAUUGUUUUUCA